CCCAGUCCAGUCUCUCCUUCCUUCCUUAUCCUUCCUUGCUUCCAAGUUCUUCGCCAUUACAUCUACAAUAUUAGAGGCCGGUCCCUGAAUUUGAAGAUCGUAGUUAUCCAUUGAAGUACAGAAAAUCAACAUGACUGAGGAUUAUUUUUGGGGUCUGACUUUAAGCAAAGACCACUCAUCAGAAAUAUGGGAUCCAGACAUGAAGUCUCCUGGAGGCCCUGAUGCCAAUGAUUCACACGCUCUACGAGGAGAGCACACACUUGUUGUCAAACAGGCUGUUCUGGGACCCAAAUGCACAGAUGGUGAAGUUAACGUUGUUCAAGCCGAAGCCAUGGGUUAUAAAUCAGACAUCAAGUUUCCAAUCGCAGUUCUGAAGGGUGGAUCUCAGUCUCAGGCUGUCUUGGACCUUUUGUUCCCUGACCCCCCCGUCACAUUCAAGUUAAUACAAGGAAACGGCCCUGUCCAUCUGCUUGGCAAUCACUCUGUUGGAUCUGGAGAGAUGGUAGGGGAAGAUGAUGAAGACGACGAGCUAGAAGAUGAACUCGACGAGGAAGAUAUGGAUGAUCUUGAAGACAUUCCAGAAAGAAACAGUAUUGACGAGAAAAAAAGGAAAUUGCAGCAGGCUACAAAUUCAAAACCCAAAAGCAAGAAAGCUAAAACAGAAGAUGAGAAAUAGCUUCUCUGACUGAGUAAUGACUGUAAAUGACUGUUGCUGAGAGGCUCACAUCAACUUACCUUCAAGCCGAUAUUGUUUAUGAUUUUUAUAAUUUGAGUGUUAUACUGUAUAUGAGAAGCUGUUUGUAAGUUAAUGUGAUAUGGACAUAAAGAACUUUUUAACGAGUAUAAAAACAGACUUUUGAGUGAAAUAAGGUUUUAUCAGUUGGUAAAGUCGAUGUUGACCAUGUGUAUUGUUGUAAUUCUUUUAUUCUACCAUACCAUUCCUCAUUUGUUCAACCACUAGGUGUUUAAAAAAUCAGAAAAAGCUAGUUUUUAAUGUAAAUUGAUUACUACAAUUACUAAUUAAUUGAAACAAUGAUAUUCAAUCUGACAUUUGUUUUUAAAUUCUUAUGUUCCUUUUAGGAUAAUUAAACUUAAGUUAGGUAUGUUGGUAGCAGUGAGUCAACACUUUUGUAAAUUGUAUUUUUCAUACCAUUCUUUAAUUUUACCUAAAUAAAGUGUUUGUAGUAA